UAAAACUUGAACGGACGAAUUUGUGUGUUUCUGUUGAAUCAUUCCCGUAAAAUCUCGAGCGCUGUGCGUGAACAAUCUUUUGGCAUAUCUAUUUUGUAAUGAUUAGAUAUAGUAAUAUUGACUUCGAGUACUAACGAAACCUUAGUACCAGUGCUUAUAUUCUGGGGAGCUAUACUGGACUACCUGAGCAAUGAAGAAAUUGAGAUUUUUCUUGGUGCUGUUUCUGAGUACCGCUGUUUUGGCAGAAGAUGUAACAGUGCAACUGCCAGUUGGUACUGUAAAGGGAUUAGUAAAGUCUACCGCUAAAGGGGUAAUAUUCUACUCUUUCCAAGGAAUACCGUAUGCCGAGAAACCAGUCGGCGAUUUGAGAUUCCAGGCACCAGUCCCAAAGAAGAAAUGGGAAGGAAUCUGGGAUGCGACGAAAUUCGGCAACAUAUGCAAUCAGAUGAGUUAUACGCCUCCCAAUCAAAGUGAAGAUUGCUUAUUUGUGAAUGUCUAUACACCCAAUAUUACUGACAAUUUGCCAGUGAUGUUUUUUAUAUAUGGAGGGGGAUUCGUCGCAGGUGCCUCUAACUCCUAUGGUCCUGAUUUCUUAAUGGAGCAGGACGUUGUUCUGGUUACAAUCAACUACAGAGUAGGACCUUAUGGUUUCCUUUCGACUGGAGAUGAUUUGGUACCUGGAAACGCUGGAUUGAAAGAUCAGACUUUGGCCUUAAAGUGGGCCAAUCAGUACAUCCAUCAUUUUGGUGGUGAUCCAACCAAAAUUACAAUUUUUGGUCAGAGUGCUGGCUCUGCUUCUUGUGCUUAUCAGAUUAUGAGUCCGUUAUCUAAAGGUUUGUUCAGAAGCGCAAUCUUGCUCAGUGGAACAUCGCUAAGUCCAUGGGCGUACCAAAGGAACUACCAGCUAUAUUCGAGGGAAUUGAUCAGAAAUAUAGAUCCUGCAAACUACCAUAAAUAUAAUACUUCUCAAACUAUUUACGAGUUUCUCAAAAACAUACCAACAGAGAUAAUUAAUGAUGCAUGCUUAGCGAUGGUAACAACGAAUCCUAAAAGCUAUCUACAGUUGUACCAAGGAUUUUUCUUUGCGCCGGUAUACGAGCACGAGCACGAUGGUGCUUUUUUGACUAAACAGGCAUACGAAGCUAUGGAAGAGGGAGAUUUCAAUAAAGUACCAGUAUUACUCGGUGCUACUAGCGAGGAAGACUAUUUCCUCAUGGAAGAUAAAGAAGGUCUCGGUUACAUAUCUGAAAUAUUCACACAAAGUCGUGAUUCAAUACCAGAUGAUAUGCAUGUCACUGAGGAGAAUAAGGAUACCAUCAAAGCUGAAUUGAUGAACUUUUAUACUUCCGGAGGAAACUAUGUGGACAACCCUAGGAAACUUGUCACACUUAUGAGUGAUCAUGAUUUUGUAAAAUCCGUGCUAAAGUUCGCUGAGCAGUUGGUGAAACACUCGCAAAACCCAUACCUCUACCAGUUCUCUUACAAAGGUGUCUUGGGUUUUCAUACAAAUCAGUCAGAAAAGGGUUUUUCUGAUAAGGUUUCCCAUGGUGAAGAUGUAGGUUACAUACUCAGCUUCGACAGGGAAGACUUAUCAAAUUUCCCCAAAGAGGAUCAACUCGUACAGAAGCGAUUCAUAACGAUGCUGACAAAUUUCGCCAAAUAUCUGAAUCCAACUCCAGAAAAGGAUGAGACUCUCCAAAACAUCAUUUGGCCGAAGACGGAUUCUGAUUUCGUCUAUCUGGAUAUAGGUUCUGAUAUGGAAUUGAAAAACGGAAUGAAGCACGAAAUGUACAAUUUCUGGAACGAUCUGUAUGCCCGUUAUGGUGUACGACCCUUUGAUACCUAUUGAGCCUCGGCGUACUAUAUAUUGUUUCUGUAUAAGUUCCUGUAUUGCAAAUGUGUAUAGGAAUGUUGUAAUAUUUUCAAAACAGUUAGUGUCAAAUUAAUUAGGUGGAAAUUAUUAAAUUGAUCUUCUGGCUAAUGUGUUUAUUAAUUCCAUGCUUAUAUGAACAAUAAAGAGAUAUCGGCAUUGAAAACAACUCAAAUUUCAGGUUUAUGAGUUUUUUGCAUGUAAAUAUCUUAGAACA